CUCAGACUUGGACUCGGGGUCAAACAGAUACGUAAUUAUAAUAGUUCAGUACAUCAAGCAGAAAUUUGAAGCGAAUCUGUCUCCAGAGAGAUCCAUCAAUCUGUUCUACUGUCUGAAUGAACUGAACGACCAAACUCUGGUGAAAGACAUUCAGACCCACCUUAGCAAAGGAAGCCUCUCAUCUGCUGAUCUUUCACCUGCCCAGUGGUCUGCUUUGGUCUUUGUGUUGUUGACAUCAGAGGAGGAGCUGCAGGAGUUUGAGCUUCAGAAAUUCAAGAAAUCAGACGAGUGUCUCAUUAGAUUAUCAGCAGUCAUCAAAACCUCCAAAAGAGCUCUGCUAAAUGAUUGUGACUUAACAGACAAAAGCUGUCCAGCUCUGGCUACAGUUCUUGGAUCAGAUACCAAUCUGAAAGAGCUGAAUAUGAACAAUAAUAAUCUGCAGGAUUCAGGAGUGAAGCUGCUCUGCACUGGACUAAAGAAUAUAAAUUGCAAAUUAGAGAUACUGAGGCUAAAUGAUUGUGACUUAACAGACAAAAGCUGUCCAGCUCUGGCUACAGUUCUUGGAUCAGAUACCAAUCUGAAAGAGCUGAAUAUGAACAAUAAUAAUCUGCAGGAUUCAGGAGUGAAGCUGCUCUGCACUGGACUGAAGAAUAUAAAUUGCAAAUUAGAGAUACUGAGCUUUCUGAAACAUGUUAUAGGAGUUCCUCAAAACUUCAUAAGAAACCUGCAAUCUGUCCUCCUUCCAUUUGCAUUGAGCCUGUCUACAAGUCUGUCUCAGAGUAUGCAUAGCGUGCAUGCCAGGGCACAGUAUUUCCUCUCGUCCUAUUACAUGUGUGAAUCAGUGGUCGGGGCUAAAGAGUAUUUCCUCUCGUCCUAUUACAUGUGUGAAUCAGUGGUCGGGGCUAAAGAGUUCAUGACCCCUUUCAGUAACCGUAAACUGAAGGAUCUCAGUCUGAAGAACAACUGUAUCACAGAAGGAGCUUGUCAUGUUCUGGCUGCAGCUCUAAAUUCAAACCCUUCAAAUCUGACAGAGCUGGAUCUGAGCAGGAAUCAAAUAGCAGACUCUGGAGUGACAGAAAUCUCCAGUCUGCUGAGAAAUUCACAGACACUGCAGAUACUCAGUCUGAAGAACAACUGCAUCACAGAAGGAGCUUGUCAUGUUCUGGCUGAAGCUCUAAAUUCAAACCCUUCAAAUCUGACAGAGCUGGAUCUGAGUGAGAAUAAACUAGGAAACCCAGGAAUGAAGAUCAUCUUGACUCUGUUUGAAAAUGUACAGUGUAGACUGCAAAAGCUGAAGCUGAAUAAUUGUGAGCUGACAGAGAAAAGCUGUUUAGUUCUAGCUACUGUUCUCUCCUCCAAAACCAUCCUGAAAGAGAUUAACCUGAACAGCAGUCGUCUGCUAGACUCAGGAGUCAAAGAGAUCUGUGAGGGACUGAAGAAUCCUGUGUGUGAGCUGAAGAUACUGAAGUGA